GGGAAGAGGUGACUGUAAUGAAGUUAAUUCCUGUUCACACAUGUGACUGACGAUCUAAGGGAAUCGGAGCAGCUGAACUCCUCCAGGAUUCAGAUUAUUUCAUUCUCUCUGGAGGUUAAUUCGCUCCGAGCCGAGCGAGUUUUGCGCGUAAAGAAGAAAAAUAUGUUUUGGUUCAGACAAGGUCUCUGCUUCCUGCCUGCGUUUCUGGUCUCCUGGUCCUCCGCCACGUUCAUCAUCUCUUUUGUUUUUGCUGUUUAUCGACGCGACAUCGAUGUGAUCUUCCCCUACAUCAGUGACACGGGUGCAACCCCACCAGAGAGUUGCCUUUUUGGCCUGAUGACUAUUAUUUCUGCAUUUGCAGGAACAGCCACCGUAUACACCAGAUACAAGCUGGUGGAGAAGCAGAUUGAGGAGAAUAAUUUGGUGAAACCGGGCCUAAACGAAGCCUCCCUUUGGUUAGGGAUUAUUUCCUGUUUUGGGAUGUGUGUUGUUGCAACUUUUCAGGAAACAGCGGUGAGGUGGGCUCAUGAUUUAGGAGCGUUGCUGUUCUUUUCCACUGGAAUCAUCUACAUAAUCCUCCAGUCAGUGAUGUCAUUUAAAGUCUAUCCAUACAACACCUCCAAGAGUGUGCUUCUAGUGCGUACAGGACUCACACUUUUUGCUGUGAUUGCUUUUUUCCCCACUGUGAUUUGCGCAUUCUACCCUAACUCUACUAGUAAAAUGCACUGGCACAGAGGUGAUAAGACAAACAGCGAUGGAGGUGAUGUCACCAACAUCGGCGACGCUCCGGAGAAGGCUACAGAUGUAGCCAAAACCUGUCAGCAAGAAGGUAAAAGCAAAUCUCUAGAAAGUGCCAAGUUUAGCCCGCUGUGGCCUUCAGCACCACCAAACAUUUAUGUUUAUGUAUUUAGCAGACAUUUUUGUAAAAAGCGACUUACAAGUGAUAAUGACACAAUGUCUCUGCAUCACGUGAGCCAGUGAUCCACCUGCAGGUGGGAACACAGAGCUAUGAGGGCUUGUUUAGCAACAGUUAGGAGGUGAUGGUGUUGAAGGCAGAGUUCAAAUGCAAAGACAUGGGUUCUCGUUGAGUCCAGACGCUGGUAUGAUUGACUAUUACUGAUUAUAUUAUUGAUUGAUGCCACAAUUUAAAAAAAAGCUACUGUUUCAACACGAGUCACCAUGAGUCAGCUGUAACUGCUGACAGAUAUCCAGGAAGACAAAGAAAAAUAGUUUGCAUAUGUGGCAAUGAAGCUGAGUAAUGGAGAAUGAAUACACUUAAAUGUUUGGGUUAGUGAGUCUGUAACGUAAACAAGAACUCAAGCAUUCAUAUUUGAACAGAAAUGUCCUGAAGCAAUAAUGCUGUAUCCCUUUUUGUAGAGUAGCCAAAUGACCCUUGGCUGACAUUUAACAGUAGAACGCGACCCACAAACUAAAAAUAGACUUGUUUUCCCCUUUCAAAAGGUUUUCAUUUAUUCAUUUAAUUCUAACUAAUGUUUAAAGUAAUGUAUUUUUUGUGUUUAGUGCUCAAGCAGUAGGGCAGGUUGUUCAGUAAGUGCAUGGUUGCUGGUUAGAUCCCAGCUCAUUCCCAUUCAUUCUGCUGUUGUGUCCUCUGCAUAAAAAUGAACCCUUGGUUAGUUCCCUCUGUUCUUGGAAAUCUAAAACUCAAAGUACCAAGUUGGAGAGAAGAAACUGUAAUGACUACCUAAGUUGGAAUAUUUAUCUGGAAAGUUGGAUUUCUAGUCUAACCAGGAAGUAAGCUAACUGCUAACACCAUGAUGUAAUGCCUUUAUUUUUAAAGGUGACACAUUAUACAAGUCUCUAUUUCCCCUAAAAACACAAAAAACCUCAUCCAUCCAUUUUCUGUCAAUGUUUGUUUUUUAGGAAUUGUGUGCCUAAAAACAGCUGUUUCUAAAACAGCCCUGUUUGUGAUGUCACAAAUGGGUAAAUUAGCAUAUUUCACAUGCAGGAGAACAGCUCCAGGUGGAGGAGCAGUGGUUACUCUUCCCAGAUAUUGAAGCUUCUCAGCUUAAGGGGGCCCAAGUGGGGGUGGGGUGGGCGUGGCCAGCUCCAGCUUGUUUUCUUGAAGUAAAAGAGGCCUGAAAAUAAAACUAAUAAAAUCAUUUUUUGUGAGGGACUUUGUGCAAAGAACACCAUGGACAUGUUUUGUAAUGACCAUAGAACCAUUCCAGAACAACAUUGUUUGCUGAUGAACUGUAUGAACGAGUGUCUAGAUGAUAAAUUGCUUGUAUUUGAUAUUGUCCCUUUUGGGGUCUUAUCUCCUCUACCACUGUUGCUCCUGAAGUGCUGUAGACAUGUCUAGACAUUAUUUAGGCAUUUAAUACAUCUUAUUUAAAGCAGUCUGUCACUCACUAUAUCUCCGCCCUCCCAAUCUGCCAGGCAACGUCUCCUUGUGGUGCAUUUUUCCAAUGGGAAAUAUGGGUGGAGUAAGGCUCUGAUAAGGGGGGUGACUUACUCUUUAAAAAGUCAGCAUGCUAACAUUUUCUUACUACCCCAAAGUCAACAGGGUUUUACUUUCAUCUUUUAGUUCUUUUUAAAACACAGAAAAGGUUUUAUUUACCUGCAACGUUUCGUUUGCGGCUGCAAACUUUAUCAGGCUGACGCCGAUGGUGGCGUCACUUCCUUCGUUUAUCCGCAGGCAGCAGAGGACGUAAUCGCCCUCUGCUGCCCGCUCUCCCCUCUCCGAUGAUGCAGUCCCAUGUGCGAACCAACGAGUAAACUCCAUCGUCCCUGUUCAUGGUCCCACAUCCACGUCUCCUUAUCUCGAUAGCUUCUUUUCUCCAUCUUUUGUAUUUCUGUUGUUCGGUGUUAAUGAUCCUUGUGUUGUCCCAGUCCAUUAUAUGGUUUCCUCUUAUGCAGUGAUCUGUUACGGCUGACUUCUUUAUUGUGCUUUCUGCUUCUUUUGCUGCUCUAAAAUUAUGUAAACGCUACGUAGACGACAUACUGGAAAUCAUACCAAAAGGACAAACAGAAACACUAACACAACACUUGAUUAACACUGACGACAGAGGCAGCAUUAAGUUCACUUAUGAGACAGAAACAGAAGGCAGCAUAGCAUUUAUGGACAUGAACAUCACCAGGCAGACCGACAGGACCCGAAACAUAAACACAUAUAGGAAACCAACACACACAAACCAAUAUCUAUUAUGGACAUCAGAACACCCUACCAUACACAAAAUAUCAGUAAUCAGAACAUUGUAUCACCGAGCAAACACGGUAACAGAAGAAAGAGACCAUAAACAAGAGGACAAACACAUACAACAUGCUUUAAAGACCUGCGGGUACCCGACAUGGGCAAUAAACAAAGGAAAACAACAAACAACAACAGAAAGAAAAAAACAGCCAAAGCAAAGAACCAGAAACCCAGAAAGACAACAACCAAAACCAGUGAUAACCCUACCAUACAUCAGAGGCAUAACAGGAAAAAUAAGAGCAACAAUGAAAAAACACUACAUAAACACACCAACAAAGCCAUACACAACAGUUAGAAACAGACUAGUACACCCAAAAGAUAAAAUAUCAGCUGGACAUAAAUGUGGAGUCAUUUACAAAAUCCCAUGCAAACUCUGCAAUAAAACAUACUUAGGAGAAACCGGACGCCAACUCAACACACGAACAAUAGAACAAAGAAAGGAGUGCGAGAAAGAAACAAGUCGAAAACACACAAGAGCAGCGAAAGAAGAAGCAUAAAGCACAAUAAAGAAGUCAGCUGUAACAGAUCAUUGCAUAAGAGAAAACAACAUAAUGGACUGGGACAACACAAGGAUCAUUAACACCGAACAACAGAAAUACAAAAGAUGGAGAAAAGAAGCUAUAGAGAUAAGGAGACGUGAAUGUGGGACCAUGAACAGGGACGAUGGAGUUUACUGGUUGGAUCGCGCAUGGGACUGCAUCGUUGGAGAGGGGAGAGCGGGCAGCAGAGGGCGACAACGUCCUCUGCUGCCCGCGGAUAAACGAAGGAAGUGACGCCACCAUCAGCGUCAGCCUGAUGACGUUUGCAGCCGCAAAUGAAACGUUGCAGGUAAUUAAAACCUUUAUGUGUUUUAAAAAGAACCGAAAGAUGGAAUUUGAAACUAAACACAGCAAGAACACACCAAAGAUGUUUAAAAAAAAGGGUUUUACUUAUUGUAUUUUAUUGUAUACUCUGUUUCAAAUUAGAAUUUCAUGAGUCACAUGGUGGAAAAAUAAAUCAAACAGAGGGAAUAUUUUUAGACUACUCUCGCUGCUUUUCUGAUCAUUACCACCCACCAGCUGUUGGUCACUCCUGCAAGAUUUCACAACACUUCUGUCCAACUCCGCCUCCAUUCACCAGCCUAUAAAAAAUAUUUACUGUUUACUGCAAUGGUGUCGAUUUCUUGUUAAACCAGUUCUACACAUACAGCCUUCUAAGAGAAAGGUGAUGUGGCUAGAUUGCUUUUGUAAUUUUAGUUAGCAUGUUGGCUGAGCGCAACACUUAGCAAAUUCCUCAGAGUUUAACAGGACAACAGAUCAUUUUCUGAUUCAGAUUUCUGAUUUUCCACGAUUUUUCACAUGUAGCCAAUCAUAAUUUAACUUUACUAAUCUUGUUUAUUUCCUGAAUGUAUUCAGAGCUACAGCUCCCACUUGGCUAGCUCCAUCUCUGAGUGGAUUGUUGCCUUCAGCUUUGUCUUCUAUUUUUACACAUAUAUCGACGAUUUCAAAGUGAGUAUCAGUUCUCCUAAAUUAAAGUGCUAUUUGUUUCCUUUUAUAUGCUUUCCAAAAAGUCUUUCCUCCCUAUUUCCUACA